UCAAAUUUUAUAAUUUCUAAAAAAUUGACUAAUAUAGAAUCAUUAAUAACGAACACUGAUGUGAUUAAUGUAGCAGAAAAGUAUUAUACAACGGAUGAUAAAAAUAUAAAAAAAAUAUUCCCUAGAGAAUUCACGGAGAGUUUUAAUUGCUUAUUAAAACAAUGGAACGAUAAUAUUAUGAAUUUAUCAUCAACUAUUGAAAAUCAGUUUCACCAUUUAUUAUCAUUUUGGUUGUACAAUGGAAAUGCAAAACAAAAUCAAGUAACAGGAAGAAAAAAAUCGAAGUUAAAAUAUUGGGAUAAGGAAUUAUUGUUUCUCGGCUUAGGAAUAAAACUUUUCAUUUUUCUACCAAUUUUAGCUAUGUUAACGGGAAAAGCUAUUACAAUAAGCUUUGUGUCAUUAUUAACUAUGUUAGGAACAAUACUAUUUCAAACUCAACCAGAAUUUUCUUUUAAGCGAAAUGAUUAUCUGAUCAAUGACAAUUCUCCAACAACUGGUUAUUUCAUGUAAGAUUUAAUUGUGAGUAAUUUAUGGUGAUCAUUAUUUCAA